GCUUAGUUCUACAAGGAUAUCAAAACUCCAAAUCUUCUUCGGGUUCGGACGAGAAUAUACCGACGACCCUCCCCAGAGAAAGACCUCGACCAUUGUUAACCCUUACCUCAGAGUAUGAGGUGAUCAGGCAAUUACAGAGGUUCGCUACUGCCUCUGGUAAUCGAUAGCCACAAAAAGCCCCGCUUCCUGGGCCAAAAAAUAUUUUGGCCAACCCACACAUCAACAGCAAGACAACCCACGUUCGUGAGGACCAACUACCCCAGACUGAGAUCCUUCAACCACCAUACCGUGCCUCACGAAUAUUCAAUGGGCAUGGCUCUUCAGGCCGCCCCCGGGGCAGCCGCUCCAUCAGCCAAGCGCAAGCUCGCCGACGCCGCUGGCACCCCCAACGUCGUCAAGAAGCUCCGAUCCGAUAACACUCCAGCAUCACCACCCACCUCAACCUCCUUGCGACCCCUUAGCAGCUUCAUAACGGAUCUGCGGCCCAAGUACGAAGUCAAGACCCUCUCAGUCCUCUCCUCCACCAGCAUCUCCAAACGCGUCGACACCAUCCUCCAACAUCUCGGCCGCUUCCACCCCUGGGACUCCACUGUCCUCCCUGGCGUCGUGCUGCUCUAUGCAAGGUCCAAUACCACCAACAAGCUCAUUACCAUCGCCGAGACCGUGCGCCGGCGCAUCCACGAGGGUGACCAGAAGUGGUACCAGUACAACCGGCUGUACGAGAUGGAGUGGGCCGCCAAGCAGAGCAGCGCAGCCCGCGGUCAGGAUCACGGAGGGUCGGUCGUCGAGGACACGGCCAUGGGCACAGCUGCCGGUAGGGAGGGUGGGGAAGAUCGCGAUGUCGAUGACGACGACGGUGACGAUUACUUCGAAACCAUGAACGGCGACGCCGCGACGCCCACUCAGUUCGAGCGAGCCGUCCACGGAGAGCCAAAGGCACGGCAGAUGGCACACAUGAGCAUCGUCCUCUCACGGGUGCCGGUACCUGAACUUAAAGCGCGGGACAGUUUUACGGUGCAGUCGAACGAGGAGUACAUCGAUUACAUCCGCAAGAAGAAGGCCGGCCUUGUUUGAGCCAUGACCCU